UGUCCGCCUCUAGAAAUUCAGUUACCAGUUGUACUUUUCACCAUGUCACUGGAAGGUUCAUUUCGUGGUAAACGUGUCCUCGUCACGGGAGCAGGUCGAGGGAUCGGCCGAGCCGUAGUGAAACGUCUCCACAGCUAUGGGGCAAUUGUCAUUGCAACGAGCAGAAAUCCUGAAAAUUUAAAAACCCUGAAAGUCGAAUGUCCCAGAAUUGAGACGAUUGUUGCAGACUUGCAAAAUUGGGAGGAAACCAGAUCCGCCUUUGAUAAAUUAGAACCUGUCGAUUGUCUCCUGAACAAUGCUGGGCUUGGGGCAGUAAAAUCCUUGAUGACCUCUACACUCGAGGAAUUUAAUCAAAUGUUUCAAAUAAACGUAACCGGAACUUGGAGCAUAACACAAUUAAUCGCACAAAAGAUGGUCAACGCUGAAAAAGGGGGCUCAAUCUGUUUCAUUUCGUCAAUUUGCGGCGGCAAACCUUUUCCUCUCUUUGGAGCCUAUUGCAUGACCAAAUCGGCCCUGGAAAUGAUGGCAAAUUGCCUCGCUGUGGAAUUAGGACCAAAAAAGAUUCGCGUCAAUGUCGUCCGUCCUGCCUGUGUCGAUACCGACAUGUUAAAUGUUGCUGAAACCGGGGUGGGGAUGACUGUUGGAGUGGGGGAUGCAUUUCAGGCGUUCAUGACGUCGAGAACGCCGUAUCCCGGAUACCACAUGGAAAUGGAAUAUUUGGUCAAUCUGAUUCUGUUCUCAUUGUCAGAUUUGUCCCCGCAAGUGACCGGGACCGUCAUGACGAUUGAUGGUGGAUUUCAGCUUUCUUAAGUAAUCAAUGGUGAUUUGCACUAUUACAUAUUUGAUUAUUUUUAGCAGGGUUGGUUUAUUCAUAAGUAAAUAGGUACACAUUAAAAUUAACUGACUUAUAUAAGAGAAUUGCAUGCAGAUUUCAUAUAUGUUGAUUGUUUGUCACUGUUUUGGCUUAUGUAAGUUAAUAAUACUUUAUAAAUGCAUCAUUUACAUUGAUUGACACUGCACGUUAUUAUCAAACAGAAUAAAAAAUAAUUAAGGUUCAGGAUAAA